UCAAGUGGCAACAUGGGAUUACAUUCACGAAGUCCUUGGCAUGUGUUUCACGGGAGGCGUCAACCUGACCACGCUCGAUGGUACGGAAAAGACCAGAGCAGACCCCAUCAUAGCUGAAACUCUCGUUGUAACGUCAGACGGUGAGUCCAUCGUGACAGCGAGCGAUGCAAAGCGGAAGGGACGGUGGCAGAGAGUCACUGUUUGAUCAUGGCAUGAUGAUCAAUGCUGCGAGACCUUAACUCAAGCGCAUCUCUCACCAACACAGACGCAGGCCUGACGCCCGUUCGAGGCCCUCGAUUCAAGGACAAGUUUCGGGCCCCCGCAGAUGUGGCCGACGACAGCACUAUGAGCCGCUCUUCGCGCCCAACGGUGAAUCAGUCGCACUUCUACGACGGAUUGAUUGCAAGGGACGCCUUUUGCUUGGUCACCGAUACAAACUUUGAGUCUUGCAUGGCUGCACACAUUUUGCCCCUCUCACGCCCUGAGGUCAGUCCAGAUCCGGUUGGUGGCUGUUCAUGAACAAAGCGCUUCCCUCGCCACGCUGCCUUCCAUCUGACAGUAUUACGUGGAGGUGCUCGGGCUUCCACGAAAGAACGCCUAUCGCUUCUUGACGGCAUACGGCCUACUGCUCAGGAAGGACAUAAACUCUGAGUUCGCCUCAGGAGGCAUUGCCUUCUACCCGGUCG